AUACUACUACCUCUGAUAAUCCGAUCUUCGUUCCCAAUGGCCAAAUCAGAGCCCUGAUUUCCACUGAGCAUUAAAAAAGAAUAAAAUCUUUGAUCUUUCCAUUUCUAUUCGCUCUCUCUCUCGGUUAACAAUGGCGCGCCUUCUCUCGGUUCUGAUUCUCGCGACUCUCGCGAGCAACUUUGAUGAGCUUUUUGCCGAAAGUCGAAAGGAAUUAAGGAUCAAGCAGGUUAUCCAAGACCGAAAUGUGGAUCGAGUUGAGAAGUCUAAUGCAGUCGAUCCCUCACGAGUUAUUCAGCUCUCAUGGCGUCCAAGGGCCUUUUUAUACAAAAAUUUCCUAACAGAGGAAGAAUGUGAUCACUUAAUGGCUUUGGUGCAUGCCAAGAACAGUUACUCUGCUGGAAGUAGUGGUGCGGAGAAGCUGGCAUCUAAUUUGGAUUUUUAUUUAGAUACAGAUGAUGAAAUUGUAGCUAGGGUUGAAGAAAGAAUUUCAGCUUGGACCUUUUUGCCCAAAGUGAACAGCAUGCCCUUAAAGGUUACGCAUUUUGGAGUUGAAGAUACUAAGCAAAAGUAUAAUUAUUUUAACAAGAAUUCCACAGAACUGCAAAUUGCACCCUUAGUGGCAACAGUGAUUUUAUACCUUUCCAAUGUCUCUGCUGGUGGGCAGAUCAUUUUUCCCGAGUCAGGGAGCAAUAUCUGGUCCUCAUCCAAUUGCAUGACGAGUAGUCACACCAUCAGACCUACUAAAGGAAAUGCACUUCUAUUUUUUGCUGUCAAUCUUAAUGCAACUCCUGACCACAGUAGCUCCCAUGCCAGAUGUGCUGUCCUCGAGGGUGAUAUGUGGUCUGCCACAAAAUUCUUGUAUCUCAAAGCAAUCAAUCGAGAAAAGGAUGCAAUAACCUCCCCUGAUUGCAUGGAUGAAGAUGACAACUGUCCUCGUUGGGCUGCCAGUGGGGAGUGUCAAAGGAAUCCGGUUUUCAUGGUUGGUUCCCCCGAUUACUACGGUACAUGUAGGAAAAGUUGUAAUGUAUGCUAAUAGUUAGCCUCUUAUGUAUAUGGUAUACCCAACACUAAUUUGUUUCUGGUUUCUUGAUAAUCUUCAUUCAUAUGAAAGAGUCUGAUCUGUUUUGUAUAGCAGACAUGAGAAAUCAUAUAGGAGACAACUUCUGAGUGUCAAAGUAUAUUACACAUUGCACUGAAAGUUUAUGCAGUAUUCUGCAAUUUGCACAAA